CUUAUCAUUUCGCCAAAAAGACUGCCCUAUUGACUCAUAUAAAAGAGAGACCGCCUAUCCUCCUCCUCAGAACCAGAAACGCCAAGAACAGCAAGAUCACCAUCAUGUCUCUCAAGAAGGAAGACGUUGAGCAGAAACAAGGCCAGGUCGUAGAACUCGGUCACCAUGAGGGAGAGAACAACAACGUGGUAUACCCGCGCUGGUACCGAACAACCUUCUUUCAAAUGCUUGUCAUCAGCGGGCUUGCAUUCGCUGGUCCAGCAAUGAGCGAUGCAAUUUCCAAUUUGGGAGGUGGUGGUAUGGCCAAACCUUAUGCUUGGUCGGCCGCAAAUGCUGCCAACUAUUCUUUCAUGGCCGCCGUCUGCAUGUUUGGAGGACCUAUUGUAUCAAAGAUCGGACUUAAGGCUGCCUUGAUCAUCGGUGCGGCUUGCUUUCCUCUCGAAGGAUCUGCGCUCUACGUCACGUCUCAGCAUGCCAAUGCAUCUUGGUAUCUGAUCUUCGCCGAAUCAUUCGCCGGUAUCGGACUAGCCUUGUGGUACGUUGGAGAAGCGGCGGUGGUGCUCAGCUACCCUGAGCCCAAUCGUAGGGGAAAAUAUCUCGCCCUGUGGAUUGUCAGCCGCAAUCUCGGUCAGCUGGUCGGUGGUGCAAUCAACCUCGCAGUCAAUAAACCCAAUAAUGCUGCGGGUAGCGUCUCACCAAAGGUCUACAUCGUCUUUAUGGUCAUCGAAGCGCUAGGCUUUCCCAUCGCUUGGCUCAUCAGCCAGCCCUCCAAGGUUCAGCGCGCCGACGGUUCGCACAUCCGAACUGCCCCUGUCGACAAGCUCCCGGUCGAGCUAAAGAAGCUGCUGCAGACACUUCUGAAGCCUACCAUUCUCCUCAUCCUUCCAUUCAGCAUCUACAGCUUCUUCUACAUUUCCGUCUACAAUGCCUAUCUGACCGAUUACUUCACCGUCCGGGCUCGAGCUCUUUCAUCGCUCAUCAGUCCUUUCUUCUGCAUCGUCGGAUGCUUUGGACUAGGUAUUCUCCUGGAUCACGACAAGUGGAAUCAACGAAAGCGUGCAAUUCUCGGCUUUGCAGUCGUCGUUGUCAGCGCAAUUGCUAUCAACACAUGGAGCCUUGUCGUUCAAGUCCAAUUCAAGCACAAGAACCCAGGGGCAAUCGAUUGGACCGAUUCCAAGUGGCCAAAAGCAUUCCUGUCUUACUUCUUUAUCAACACAUUUGGACCCAUUGGGCAGAGCUACAUGUAUUGGCUCAUUUCGUGCUACUCGACGGACGUGCAAUCCAACGCGAGGAUGGGCGGCAUUUUCCGCUCCAUCGAGGCUGUCGGCCAAGCCAUAUCCUACGUAGGUUCGCUCUCGUCUCUUUCCCUGCCUUGUCGCUGA